CUUAAACAAUGAUUUUUGAACUUACAAAAGAGUAGUUGGCGUAUAUUAAAACUAGAUUGCCAUUUGAUUACUAUUUAAUGAGAGUAAUAAUCAAUUUAAUAAUAGAAAGGUGAAUAAAGAUAAGAUAGUGAUGGCCUUAAUCCAAUCUAAGAGGAGGAAAGAAAUAAAUGUGUAAAACUCCUUGAUGAUUUAAAAAGAACGGACUAAUAUAAGUAACUGACAAAUAAGGAGAUGACAAUUACAUUCAAUAAAUAAUUUACAAGAUAAUUCAUGAAAAAUGAUGAAUAAUAUAAAAAAAUGAAAAAUGAAUAACUAAUCAAAAUGUAAAUAAAAUUAGUUAUAAAUAGGACAAAUAUCAUCGCCAGAUUUUAUAAAGAUCUAACUUCAUUAUUUAGCAGAAGUAAGAUUUUGUCAACACAUUCUGAAUCUAUGAAAUUAGUUGAGGAACUUGAAUAAAAAUUUAAAAGUUUAUUUGAACCACUUUAAAAAAAAUGUUAAGAAUAGAUGCAAAAACAUUUACAACAAUUAUUGAAUGGGGAAAUCAAAAAUAAAAUAAUUAUCAAACAUAAACAACCUUAAAGUGAUUAGGAAAAGAAGGAUUUGUAUGAAAAAUUAAACAAGCUCUCUGCAAGUUCAUUGAGAUAAAUCUUAAAAUAUUUAAAUGUGAAGAUUUAAGGAGAAUUUCAAUUAGACAUAGAAAAAUUAGACACUGUAUAAUUUAGAAAAUUAUAUUAAUUCGUAAAAAAACGAUCAGAAAGAAAAGCUUUAACAAAACAGCUAUAAAAAUAUUGUAAAGAUCAAAAUCUUGAUUAAGAUGAAUAUUCUUAUCAAUCCUUUUUGUCAAAUUCUAAUGAGUUAUUAUUAAAUUGA